GUAGACUAUAUAAGGCUUUGCCUUUCACACUUCCACAAUCGAAUCUCAAAUUCUGCAAUGAAAGUGUUAGCUGCUCUCAUCGUUCUUUUAGCUUGUGCAACCUACUUUGUCAGUGCGGCAGCAGUAAGGGAGAAAAGGCAGUAUGGACCAUAUCCCGGACGAGGGCCCUACCCGUAUUAUCCUCGCUAUCCCAGACCAUAUGGAACGCCCACCACAUCGUCUACCAUGAAACUCCUUGCUGCUCUUCUUGUUAUCAUUGCCUGUUUGGCCUCCUUCAUCAGUGCCAAGCCAGUCAGAGAGAAACGGCAAUGGGGACCACCACCUUUCCGAGGUCCAUACGGCCGCCCCUUCGGCCCACGCGGCUUCGGUGGCCCACCUACCGUGAUUCAAAAAACAACAGUCUUCAGAGGAUGA